AGAGGUAGGGUCUUAGAGGAGGUAUGGUGAGGAGGAAAAGGGUUUUUGGCAGGUUGUGUCCGGCAUGGCUCUGGUGAGUCCCCUAGCCCCCAAUUCAUCUAAUUUCUCUCUCCUCUUUUCCUGCUCCCCAUGGGCUAUCCCGAGCACAGAAGAACAGCAGCGAGGAGGUGUCCCUGGGCAGGCUCCAGGGUCUAUGCCAGGCCCUGGGCUGGUGAAGGACUCCCCACUGCUGCUUCAGCAGAUCUCUGCCAUGAGACUGCACAUUUCCCAGCUCCAGCAUGAAAAUAGCAUCCUCAAGGGAGCUCAGAUGAAGGCCUCCUUAGCAGCCCUGCCCCCUUUACAUGUGGCAAAGCUCUCCCUCCCACCCCAUGAGGGCUCUGGCAGUGAGCUACCAACUGGAGCACUGUAUCGUAAGACAAACCAGCUGCUGGAGACGUUGAAUCAGCUGAGCACACACACCCACAUAGUAGACAUCACUCGCACCAGCCCUGCUGCCAAGAGCCCAUCAGCGCAGCUCCUGGAGCAAGUGGCUCAGCUCAAGUCCCUAAACGACACCAUCGAGAAGCUCAAGGAUGAGGUCCUCAAGGAGACUGUAUCUCAGCGGCCUGGAGCCAUGGUCCCCACUGACUUUGCCACCUUCCCUUCAUCAGCCUUCCUCAGGGCCAAGGAAGAGCAACGGGAUGACACUGUUUUCAUGGGCAAAGUGACCUUCUCGUGCGCAACUGGCUUUGGACAGCGACACAGGCUGGUGCUGACCCAGGAGCAGCUGCACCAGCUUCACAGUCGCCUCAUCUCCUAAGUGCUCCUUGCCCACAGUCCCCUUUUCCCCUCAGCCCUCCUGGUGCCACUCUGCCUGAUGCACAGCCACCUCAGCUAGUCCCCAGGUAGAACCGUGUGUGUAAGAACAGCUGUUCCUGCCCGGUUCAGCUUCACUCCCACCUGUCCAUGCCCUGCCUCCACUCUGUGACAUGGGUCUCCUAUUUCCAUCCUCUGGCCUCUGCCAGAGUUCACUAUUCAGCUGCUCCCUCCUUCCUAGGGGGGGUCAGGGUAUGUUGGGCUAGGCUGAGACCCUACCACCAAAGGUUGAGUGAGGUCCCGAUCAAGGACUUAACCCCUUGAUUAAAGCAACUUCUGCUUCAGUGCUUUCUGUUUGGUGUUGGGAGUGGGACUUGGGCCAUUCAGCUCAGAGCAGGAUUGGAGAAGGAAUGCUGAGGAAGCUUUGGCUGUGCCAAAUUGAAGGGCCAUUGUCUGUAGUGACCAGUAAAAUGCCAUGUCACUCAAGUGGAUGUGCAGUAACAAGGGAGAAAGGGCGAGGCCAAGGGCCCUGCAACUGAUUUCUUUUAUGGAGUUAGGAGGGCUGGGAGCAUGUAGCCUCUGCCCUCCUACCUCCAUUGCUCCUCCUACCCAGUUGUCAUUGAUGCCAGAGGGACAGUUCCAAAAUGCAAAGUGGGCCAUGUCAUUCCCUGCUUUAAAUCCUGAAAUGGUUCUUCCAGGUGUCUAGAAUUUAAAAUUAAAUUCCUAGAGUGGCACAUGA